CAGGCUAGUUCCUUUUAGCUAGCCAAUCUUUCUACAAUAAUAUCACUUAUUGCUGUUUUCCACCUCGAUAGGGUUGCCAGGAUCCAUCCUAAUAAUUAGGAGGUAGAAGGUUCAACUUUUAAGUCCCCAGGUAGUGACUUUCUAUGGUUUUCAUUUGGCGUGGAUCUGCCACUUUGGGACCCAACUAGCGUCUGGGAUUCAUCUAAUAUUUUAACAACUGUCCGAAUGACGUAGACUAUAUUCACUGUUAAAAUUUCACUCCGACCAGCGUUGUGGUUUGCAACAGAGCCUUCCGAGUGUCUGAGUUUUAAAAACAAACACCGCUUUCAACUUUGCCUCGUAUUUAGGUUCUCGGUACGGAUUCACCCGUUCAUAAUCAAAAUUCAUAAUAAUUCCAUCACUUUUCCCCUCCUCUAUCGUGCCCUCCCUCUUUCUCUCCCUCCCCCUCUUUCUGUCGCCCAAUCUUAUUGAUCCAGGAGGUAGCUAAUUAGCCCUUCCCGUCGUGCCUGUGUAAUGAGGCACAUGCGCAGUGCAUUAAUCCCAGCCAUUUUUUGCAGGAAACUAAUUAGCAGGAAUAAAGACCCAAAGAGUUUUUUUCCUCUCCCGUCGUCAGAAACCGCUCUCACCUCCUCCCUCACACAAACACUAGGCGCGUCGCCUGCUUUAACAACCAAAUCCCCCUAAAUAAGGCUUUAAACGGAAUAUACCUCGUUACAACAAUGAUCUUCACCGUAUCGUCGAGCACGCUAACUGACCAAACGGAACUACCUUGAUGGGAUAUGUAAGCGAAACAUUUGUUUACUGGACUAUAAAGCAAGGCUUUCAAAGCGGACGCCAAAAAUGUAAGUUCCUACGACGCUACACUCUGCGCUUGUAUGUUUUGCUUGAAAGGCUUCACCCUGUUUACACUACUCGUAGUUUCAGUUGUAGACAGAUAAUACGCGCCCGUAAGUUGUUUUGAACAAGUAACGUUAGUUGUGUUUCCUCGUUGUUAGAUUCGUACCUGUGUUUACGUCUGGUCGAUCGACAUCGGUUGGUGCUUGACAGGUCAGGGUGUGAUGGUCCCGCGGUGUAGGCACGAGGAUGGAGUUCUGUGACUCCACGGACCAUGAGGGCUCCCAGACCCAGCCUCCCUGGAGGCUCCCCCACCCCGGCCUGCUCCUCCUGCCCAAGAACCAGCCCCUCUCACUGGGCACGCUCUCCCCGCUCAUCCCCUCUCCCCUGCUGCACCUCCAGAGCCCCACCGCAGCAGCCGAGAAGGGCCUGAGGAGGCGACCCACCACAGGAGGGGAGGAGGAGGACGAGGAAGAGGAGAACGGAGGAGGAGCAGAGGAGAGGAGGAGGGACGAGGGAGGAGUGAAUGGAAUGGACCAGGGGUUUGGGGGACAAGUGGGAGGAGCUUUAGGGGCAGGAAGUGAUGUAGGCGAGGAGGACUGUUACGACGAGAAUGAGAUGUUCGAGGAGGACGAGGAGGAGGAGGAGGGCGACGUGGAGGAGCUGGUGGGGGAGAUUGUGUACCGGCCAGAUGGUUCUGCAUUUGUUGGUGGAGAACCUGAACCAGCUAAGUCAGAGGGAGGCCGAGGGGGACAACCCCACCCCGCCUCCCACGCCCAACCCCCCCCUCACCAUCAGCACCUGCCACAUCGCCGCAUCCCUGGCGCCCUGGUUCCACCCGCCCUCUCAGAACCAGAACCAAACCCAGAUCCAAACUCUGGCGCAGCCUGGACCCACCCUGCACAGUUUCCGCGUGUUCCAUUUGCAUCACCAGGACGACGGCCAGCAGCCAACCAGCAAUGGUCUACCCAAAGAUGACUUCCUCACCGAGGCUGCGGACGCGUCCGGGGGGCGGGCCUCGGGGUUGCCUGGGCGACGGCCCAUCCUGAUGUGCUUCCUAUGCCGGCUGUCGUUCGGCUGCGCGCGCUCGUUCACGCUGCACGCGGCGCCCGGGAGCACGGCGUGGCUCCGAGCGAGCGCGAGCGCCGCCUGCUUGCGCUCAAGAACGCCUCCGCCAUCAUCCAGCCUGUGGCCCCCCGGCAACCGGCCCCUCCUUAGCUUCCUGGAACCAAAAAUCGGGAGAGCGGGUCGGCCCCCCCCCACUGCCGCCCCCCGCUCCCCUCACACCCCAAACCCAAACUCCCACCCCAGCUCCUGGCCUGCCAAAGACCCCCA